AUGGUGACCGUUCAAUCAAAAUCUCAUUCGAUGUCCCACAACAACCCUGACCCAAGGCCAGCACUGGAGGGACCUCCUCUCCAUUAUUCUGCGUUCCUCGUCAUCCAGAAUCCUUCUAAAUGGCUCUCCUGGUUGCUGGACAUCGCUAUGGAACAGGGUGUCCUAACCCCGCUUGCACCGAAGGCUGCCAGGCUCCGCACAAGUAGAUAUGCCGACGAUGUUGCUCUGUUCGUGAACCCCAAGAGAAGUGAGAUUGCGGCUGUACGUGCUAUUCUGGAGAGAUGCGAGGCCCUUGACUUCGACAACAUCGUCGAAGAUUUUGGUGGUUCGGCGGGCUCCCUACCUUGUCGUUAUCUCGGGUUGCCACCGGGGUUAUGGAAGCCCCGCCGCGUGGACAUUCUCCCGAUUAUUGACAAGAUGGCUGGCAGACUAAGGGGUUGGAAGGGAAAGCUGCUUGCGAGGCCCGGGCGCCUGGCUCUGAUAAAAUCUGUGCUGACCUCUUGUGCUACUUACUUCUUGACCUACUUUGCACCAAACAAAUGGGCAACCAAGAGGAUGGAUAAGAUUUGUAGGAACUUCCUUUGGAAUGGUGAUGAGGAGGCCAGCGGGGGCAAAUGCCUUGUUAAGUGA